AUGUUAUCGCAACCGGUACAACCUCAUCAGAUUAACAUAGGCCCAGCCAUGGAAGGCAGGCAGAUAAGAUCACCAAGUGAUUUACCACUAUACGGACAGGAUUAUUCUGCUAUCUCACUAGCAAAAGGCCCAUGUACACUUUCAAGGGCUGAAUCAUCCCGCUUUCAAUCUGAUGAAAGAGAUCAUAUCCCAAUAAGGGGCAUGCAAGAACAAAGUUUAUUCACCGACCUCAACUUUCCGAUCGAUGGUUUCCCCGGGGGCUUAGUACACCGUUGGCCGGCAGGAAGGCAGUCAGAAAUUGGACACACCUUACCAACUGAACCAAGAGGAACUAAUUCGCUUGGCCUAAUGGCCACUUCACUCACUUUAUCAGGAUCCGGAAGUGGAAUUGAAGGCAGGAGUAACAACGAAGUUGUUUCUGGCACUAGUCUCUCCGCCGAUAUCCUAAAGCUGAGUCGGCAAGCCAUGUGUGACUCAAAUCCACUGGCAUUUUCUUUGGCACACACGUUCAUUUCAGUGCCGAGGUCUGAUAACCGGCCUUUGGAGGAGAAAUUUUGUGCAAUGCCAGUGCAAAAUGGUUGUCCGCAGGCGAGACAUGAGUCAGGAAUCUCAGCUGUUAAUGAGAUCAAGAACUUCAGACAAAGCCGAACAGGGGAGCAGUUGCGGUUGGGCACUUUGCAGGCCGAUACAAAAGGACGCGGUAAUACAGGCACUCCUUCAAAGUACAAAGAUUCGGCGAACCUACCUAAUACUCUAGACGACUUUAUGGACAACUUAAUAAUUCAUGAAACCGGUGGUCAUUCUGAUACCAGGCAAAACGAUUCACAUUAUAAAGGUGUCCCCUAUCAUGCUUCCGGGCUCGGACAAGACUCAGAGCUCGGAGAUUAUUUUGACUUGGACUACUUAGCAAAAGAGGGAGCAGAAGAGCAGCAGGACAAGUCUGAUGGUCUGACCAGCAAAGAUAAAAGUCUAAAAGGCCGUUUCACUUGGUUCCAAUUACCAUCAAAUAGUAAUCUAAGUCCUCUAAGGGAUGAGGACACGUGCAAAAUGCUUAAGCCAUAUAGAUCGUCCUCAGGUGAACUGGGUGCAAUUUGUCGAGAAGGAAAAUUGGAAAGGCAACUCUCUGAAGAGUUUGGAGAGGAAGAAGACGACAUUUACUGUGUUCCUCCAACGUCGAACAAUAUAUCGCAGUCUUGUUCACCACCGUCCAUAACGAAAGAUGUAGAAUCAUUUUAUUCACAAAUGGCCAACUUGAAUGUAUUGCCCUGUCAGAACCCCGAGCAAAUGAAAUCUGCCACAACAAACCCCGAGCAAAUGAAAUCUGCCACAACAGUAUCUUUACAACCCCUUACUACCACAAGGAGACCAAGUGCCUCAGAAAUAAGGCCGACUCCACCACCACCCCGUUCUAGGUCCUUAUCUCCGGCGCAUUCUUCCACAUCGGCCUUUCCAUCAGAUUAUAGUUUGCCCAUAGCUCACAACCCAAUUUCAAAUGACCCUCAAGACGAUGAGCCUGGCCUUGGCCUCACUUUUUGCCAUAGAGUUCCGGUGCCGCCGGAAAUGCCACUAUUGCCGGAGCGUAGCUUGUUUUCCAGGCGUCGUAGGCCACUGGAAAAGCCACCUGGCCCAACAAACCGGGAAUAA